AUGGCGUCCGCGUUCAGGGAAGAGCAUCACGACUCUGAUGUCGAUUCGUACCACGCCACCACCCACCAGGCGACCACCGCUCGUGUAUCGGGCGGGAAUGGCAGCGGCAGCGGCAGCGGACGUGGCAUUCACCACAACGGCCAGCAGCUAGACGGCGACGACCUGCCUCCUCUGGAAAACGCGUCGACCGCCGACACGGAUGACCACAUCAUCAGCAAGAACAGCCCGCGCCGAGAGCUCACCCGAGAAAAGCUCGCCACGGCGGCCAGAGACGGAAGAGCAUGGAGUGCUGCGCAUAUCAAGCACAAGUGGAAGUGGUAUCUCCUGGGAACCAUCAUCUUCCUUGCUAUUCUACUACCCAUUGUCUUCAAAGUAGCGCUGCCCGCUAUUGUCCAGCUCAUUGUCAACCAGCAGACACUCCCCAUCCGUAGCGGCUACCUCAAUGUCGUUUCGCCCGACACCAUCAAGCUCACCCUUGACAGCUCUUUCCAUAUCCCCCCCGGCCUCAAGGCAAAGACCAACGACUUUGUCCUGCAGCUCUACGAUAAGAGCGCGCCUGUGUUCUCCCCCUUCUUGUCCGUCGAGGUGGCCCCUCUAGUGCUCGAUGGCGGCAACACCAACUUUAGCAUCAUUGACCAGACCCAAAAGAUCACCAACGUGGAGUCCCUGACGUCGUGGUUCAGCGGGUUCUAUGAUGCGCCGGGCGAGUACGACCUGAGCGUCCGUGGCACCGAUGCUGUCAUUUCUCUCGGCGCGCUCAAGUCGCAGCCGCGCCUGGACAAGACCAUUAAGCUGCAGGGCCUAAACAAGCUCCAAGGCCUCGAGAUGAAGAAGCUCGUGUUUCUCUUCCCUACCCAGAACGGUAUCAACCUCAGGGGCAGUCUCAUGCUUCCUAAUCUCAGCCCGCUCGCUCUGUCUUUCGGAGAUAUUACACUUAAAAUUGCAUCAGGCGACCUGAACUUGGGUCAACUCAGUCUAGCCGGUAUUACUAUCCAGCCGGGCAACCAAACGCAGUCGUUUGAGGGUUUCCUUGACCUCAACGUCAUUCUCGGAAACCUCAGCGGCUUCCUCAGCAGCCAAUCGGUGGCUCUUGGCCAGGGUGUCUUGCAGCUCAACGCCACGGCCACCAGCGUCGUCGUUGAUGGCCAGCACAUUACCUUUGUCGAGGAGAUUCUAGGCAAGCGCCCCCUUACCGUCAACAUUUCCGUCGUCACUCUGCUGAGCGACUUGCUCAGCGGCCUGCUCAAGGGAGGCGGUGCCAUUACCGGCGACGGCCCGAGCAAUGGUACCGAUUUCAUCAACGCCCUGUCAGGCGUCUUUGCCAACCAGACGCUGCUCGGCAGCAUUGCCGGUCACUGGACCAAGCAAAAGUCGCGCAGUAUUGGGGACGGUGGCUUGGAGUCACGCUCCCUGUUGGGCGACAACGCUAUGUGGAACAUGGUCAAGCUUGGACUCAAGCUCAAGGCUAUGCAAAAGAAGUAA